CCGCGUUUAUUUAAUUUUGAAGGUUGUGCUGACCAACGCUGUUGCGUAGGUCGUUUGUGUUUCAUUACUUACUGGGAAUACAAUGUGACUUGCUGAUAAUAUGUAGUAUAUUCCGUUUUCAAAGAAGUGGUAUUUGUCCAACUCAUAUACUUUUACAAAGGUCGUUCAUCCAUCCACUUUUGUUAUUCUCAUCAUCAUCAUCUGUUGGUUUAGUAUAAACUGUGAAUUGUAGUCACGCAAACAAACUGUGGAUAUCUAUCUAUAUAUCUAUCUGAAUUAAUCGGGGGGUGUAUUGACAAAAUAAAAUACUGUUAGUUUCACCGAAGAACACACACCCACACAUACUUUUAAAUGAAAUAUGGUUUCUAAUAUCAAGGUUUUAUCCUCUUCUGCUGGCGAUGUAAUUAUCAGUGGUUACCUACUAAAAAGUAGACGUACUGAAUUAUUUCGUAAACUUUUUUGGAAUUUGGAUUGUGUAAAACACUCGUCAGAAUUUAAUAUAAGAGAUUGGAAGAAAAGAUAUUGCAUUUUGUACAAAGUACGCAGAGAAAAUAAAACAGAAAUAUUUUUUGAUUAUUUUAAAGAUGAAUCGUUUUCUAAAUUUAAAGGUCGUGUUGAUUUAGAACAUUGUGAAUGUAUUGUUGAAAAUGUUAAUAUUGGUGGUCAACCGUGUGCUUUUUCACUGACAACCUUAUUCAAUGGACAUAAGCGAAUUUAUUAUUUCAUUGCUGCAGAUAACAAAAUUAUGUCAGAUUGGGUACAUCAAUUGGCUCGUGUAGCUGAAUUAGUUGAUUUCUCUGCUAUGAAUACAGAAAGACAUUUCGCUUAAUCUUCUACGUAAGGAAGUUAAGACGAUCUGGCAUCAGUCAAUUAAAUUGAUCGUUUGGUCGGUGGUUGGAAUGUGAACAAUGAAUGUCAUACACCGGAUUCUCUCGAUUUCGAUUGGUGCAGACUGAAUUCUGUUAGUCAAGUUUUCAAAUUUGGUCAUCUUUAUUUGGACAUUAUUUUUGCUGUACAAUUAAACCACCUGCUGUCCUUACUGACGAUCAAGUGGCUGACAGAAAAGGUUUAUCAAAAUGGAACCUCUAGGACUGUGUAGAUAUUCAAUAACCUAUUGGACACUUCCUA